CUUUAAGUAGCAACUAGUUCAGAGACUUAGAAGAAGAAGAAGCAGAGAGAGACAGAGAGACACGAUGGCUGAAUUCAGAUGGAUUAUAACCUCUAUUUUUCUGAUAAUAAUGCUUCAGUUUACAGCAGCAGCAACCCCCUCCUUCACUGUCAGAGUUGGAGAUGAAGUCACUUUGCCUUGUGAACAUGUGAUCGACGGUCAGAAGUGUAAUAGUAGCACCUGGGUUUUCAGUGAAUUAGAAAACACACCAAUAGUAGUGCUGAUUGGUCGUGGGCGGAUUGCUGAAAACGCUAAAUCAGACAGACUGAGUGUUACCGAGAAAUGUUCUCUGGUUAUAAAGAAUGUCACAGAGGAGGAUGCUGGUCUUUACACCUGCAGACAGUUCAACAAAUCAGGACAACAACAAGGUGAAGACGCUUUGGUUGAACUGUCCAUUGUCACCAUUACUGAACAUAACAAUGCUGACGACGUGAUGUUACACUGCUUUGUUUCGACAUAUGAACGGUGUCAACACACAGUGAAGUGGCUGUUUCAGUCUAAAUAUGUGGAUAAAGAUAACCAAGAUUUGAGGACAUCACAAUCUCCCUGCUACACCUCUGUGACCGUUCCUACUUCUCAUUUUAGUUUCACAUCAAGGUAUCAGUUCUUUAGGUGUGAAGUGACUGAAGGAGACAAAGUGCAGGAUUUUCCCUUCAGCCCUCAGUCCUCAGGUGAGAAACCAGGUGAGGACACAAUAACAACAACAGAAUCAACAAAACAAAACCAAGCAAGUACCAAUGAUGCCUCACCAAAUGUACAAGCUGGGACAGGUUGGUCUGCUCUGGACUACAUCAUGUUGGCUCUGCAUGUGGCUGAAGUCCUAAUGACUGUGAUUACUGUUCUCCUCAUCAGAGCUUGAGGUCAAUAAUGAUCAAGCUGAAGAUGAUGGCAUGGUGAACUAUGGAAACUUUAUAGAGCCUUCCUUCUCUGUCAGACUCCCCUGAUCAAUAACUCUUGUUAACCUCCUUAAAUUAUCUUCCAGCUGCAGAUUUCAGAGCUGAUUUUAAGAUCUACUGCUUGUUAUUGAAGUUCCAGCAGCUUGAGCUCAGUUUGAUGUCUCUGUGUGCAG